AUGACUGGCGACCAAGGAAUGAAAAUCACGCUGCGGCGCGGUGUGGCCAUCGCAGUAUACGGUCUGCUUGCCGUAGCCGGACAGGUUUUUGCAGCCGACUCUUCCGGAGAGGACCUUCCUAUAGGCGACUUCGGCCCAUGGAAGCAGGUUUUCACGGAAGACUUCCUCCUCGACGCGGCGCUAGGCGAGUUCGUAGCCAAGUACGACGACAAAUGGAAAGCACGGGGUGCAAACUGGGACUUCGAUCAGAGAAAUCCGGGCCAGGUACCCGUCGCCGACACCUCCCGUAGAGGCAUCUACUCUCCGGCGAACACUCUGUCGGUCUCCAGUGGCGUGUUGGACAUCGCCCCGCACAAGGGCGACGGCCCCCAGUUCGGCCCGGAUGGCAGACUUGAGCAGAACGAAUGGCCAGAGCUGGUAGACCUGCCGUGGGAGCAGGAACGGCCAUACGUUGCCGCUCUUACGCCUCGCGUCCUGGGUCCUGACGGCGAGAUGACUUACGGCCGCUUCACGGUCCGCCUCAAAGUCGAAUACCCGGAAGACAACCCCGCCGGCGGCGAAGGCUACAAGAUCGCCAACCUGUUGUGGCCCAAGAGCGACUUGUGGCCGGAUGACGGCGAGAUUGACUACCCCGAGGGCGAUUUCUCAGACAACAGCUUCUCGGCAUUCCACCACUAUACGUGCGAUGCCACGAAGCCUAGCCCGGACGAAUCCUCGGAGUGUGACAAGUUCCGCUCGCAGGAGCUGCCGUGGCAGGACGGAUUUUACAACAUUGCGAACUUCUCGAGCUGGCAUACUGCUACUAUUGAGUGGAUGCCCGACCGCAUCAACUUCCUUCUCGACGGCGAGCUCGCAGAGACUCGAGAAACAAAUCCGACGGACGCGACUACGACCACGAGGGUGCCGAACAAGCCGAUGUAUCACGUGAUGCAGAUAGAGACGGAGCUCAACAAUGACUAUAUUCCGGUUGAGUCGAGGCCACACAUCAAAGUUGCCUGGAUGUCGAUCUGGAAGUACGAGCCUUAG